CACCAGCUGGGCCGGGACCCUGUGCGCUACGACUUCACGGGCUGGCUCCGCAGGGCCAAGCCCAACCUGGCGGCCCAGGACGCCCCCCAGCUGCUGCGGCAGUCCACACGGGAGGAGCUGAGGAGACUCUUUGGGAGCCGGGCACAGCUGCCCCCCCUGUGCGGGGCCGUGGGUGGCCUGGAGGGCGGCUCCCAGCUGGCCCUGCGGAGGAACCGGGCCGUGAGGAGGACCUUCGCCAGGGCUGCGGCUGCGGUGAGGAGGAGAGCCCCGUGCGCCCAGGUCUCCCUGCAGAUGGACGCCUUGACCAGUGUCAUCAGACACUCACAGCUGCAUUUUGUCCACUGCCUGGUGAUGGGCCCAGGGCUGGAGACCAGGGGUGGCCAGAGGUCCCCAACUCCGCCUCAGCCCGGGGGGAAGCAGCCCGGAGCCACCGGGGCCCCCAACAUCCCAGCCCUGAGGGCUCAGAUCGCGGGGUCCCACCUUCUGGAGACGCUUCGUGCACAUAGGGCAGGCUAUGCUGACCACAUGGGGCUGGCUCAGUUCCGCCGGAAGUUUCAGGCGCUGGACCCAGCACUCAGCAAGAAGCUCAUGUUGUCCUCUGAGAGUGUGGAUGAGAGGAAGGCUGUGGAGGAGCUGCUACAGACCCUGGAUCUAGAGAAGGGGGCGAUGGCCGUGGGGCACAGCCAGGUUUUCCUCAAGGCGGGAGUGGUCUCCAGGCUGGAGAGGCAGCGAGUGAAACUGGUGUCCCAGGUCAUUGUCCUCUUCCAAGCGGCCUGCAGGGGCUUUCUGUCUCGCCAAGAAUUCAAAAAGCUGAAGAUUUGGCGUCUGGCAGCCCGGUGUAUCCAGAAGAACAUGGCUGUGUUCCUGGCCGUCAAGGACUGGCCAUGGUGGCGGCUUCUUGGCUCCCUCCGGCCCGUGCUGAGCGCCUCCAUCGGGGACGAGCAGCUCCACGCCAAGGAGGAGGAGCUCACGCAGCUGAGACAGAAGCUGGAGAAAUCGGAGAAGUCUCGGAAUGAGCUCCUGCAGAACGCAGACCAGCUGGAGAGCAAGAUUGCCGACAUGACCACAGAACUUGCUGAAGAGAGAUUCAAAGGAGAUGUGACCUGUCAAGUGCUGGAGAGAGAACGGGCAGAGCGGCUGCGGGUGGCCCGGGAGAUCCAGGAGGCGAAGAGCCAGUAUGAGCAAGUGCAGGAGACGCUGGGAGCAGUGAGGAAGCAGCUGGAAGAGGCCCAACAGAGAGUCCAGAUGAAACACUUGGAAAGGACCCACGCUGGGGGAGCAGACGAGUGGCAGAUACGUCUAGACUGCGUGCAGAUGGAGAACGAGUUCCUCAGGAAGCGGUUACAGCAGUGUGAGGAGAGGCUGGACUCGGAGCUGACGUCCAGGAAGGAGCUGGAGCAGAAGCUGGGGGAGCUGCAGAGUGCCUAUGAGGGGGCCAAGAUGGUGGCUCACCAGCUGAAGAGGAAGUGCCGCCAUCUUACCUGUGACCUGGAGGACACCCACCUGCUGCUGGAGAACCAGCAGAGUCGAAACCAUGAGCUGGAGAAGAAGCAGAAGAAGUGA